CCCCGCGCUCGCGCGCUUUAAGGCGUUCCAUCCAGACCUGCGCGUGGAGCGGACGCGUCCUUCCUGCGCGCUGCUGUGGUGCCGUAGGGUAACCAAAAUCAACCCCCCCAAAAAAGCUCCAUUUCAUCGUGUCCUGCGGCUGACGCGCACGGACCUUUAAAACGACCAUGGCGUUAGGUGGACUUCUUUUAACGGCUCUUCUUCUCUGCUCCGCGUGGGUAGAGCUGCAAGGUCAGGACGUGCUGAAGAACAAGUUCAGAGACUGUCCUGUGGAUCUGUUCUUUGUGCUGGACACAUCUGAGAGUGUGGCACUGAGGGCCAAGCCUCCAGAGUUUUACAUCAACCAGAUCAAGAGCUUCACCAAGCUGUUCGUCGAUGAGCUGAAGGACUUGCGUCAGACAUGUGAUCGCUACGUAACGUGGAACUCUGGAGCUCUGCACUACAGUGAUGAAAUUGAGCUGGUGAAAGGUCUGGUGGAGUUGAACACAAUGCGGGAUGAGCUGAAACGUGCCAUAGACACCAUCAAAUACAUCGGCAAGGGUACCUACACGGACUGCGCCAUCAAGGAGGGUAUCGCCCAGCUACUGAGAGCAGGCUCAUACUAUCACGAGAAUAAGUACAUUGUGGUCGUGACGGACGGCCACCCUGUCACUGGCUACAAAGAGCCCUGCGGUGGGAUCCAGGAGGCAGCCAGCGAAGCCCGACAGCACGGCAUCAAAGUGUUCGCAGUGGCCAUCACCCCAGACCAGGAGGACACCAGGCUGUCAAUCAUCGCGACAGACAUGAGCUACAGGCAGAACUUCACUGCUGCAGACAACACCCACUCCACCCAGAUCAACACCAUCCGCACAAUCAUCGACAUUAUUACGAAUGAAUCAAAGGUUGUGUGCUGCUCGUUUGACUGCACCGCUCCAGCAGGGCCCCCUGGACCUGACGGAGAGCUGGGUUACAGAGGCGAGACGGGGAGGCCUGGGAUGCCAGGAGAGAAAGGUGACGCAGGACCUGUGGGCCAUCCUGGUGAUCCGGGCCCGGUUGGAUACCAAGGCAUGAAGGGAGACAUAGGGGAACGAGGUUACAAGGGAGGGAGAGGUCACAAGGGCUUUAAGGGAGGCAAAGGACAUCCUGGCAGAGAUGGAGUGGAUGGGCGUAAGGGUGAACCAGGGUUUUCUGGCCUGUCAGGUUGCAAAGGGUCCCCAGGGUCAGAUGGCAGGCAAGGAGAAUCUGGACCAAAAGGAGACCCUGGUCACUAUGGACAGAAAGGAGACCAAGGCGAACCUGGUGCAGACGGCAGUCCCGGGAGACCAGGAAACUAUGGGCAGCUUGGAGGCAAGGGUGACAGAGGGCCCAGAGGAGCCAAUGGGGACAAAGGAGAGAGGGGGGAUGAUGGACUACCGGGACCAGAUGGCACUAGAGGCGAAAAAGGCUCAGCUGGUGAGAAAGGAGAACAGGGUUCCCGUGGAAACAGAGGACCCAGAGGAGAAACAGGCGAUCCAGGACCUCGGGGAGAGCAGGGGCGUGAGGGAUCAUCAGGACCUAAUGGUGACCCGGGUGAGCCAGGAAGGGAUGGAUCUCCAGGUUACCGUGGAGAUGAGGGUUCUCCAGGUCCAGAGGGGCCCAAGGGGCCCAGAGGCAUAAAAGGGGCCCCGGGAGACAGAGGCCUGCUAGGUGAGAGGGGAGACGAUGGGACCCCAGGAAAUGGAACAGAGGGUUGCCAUGGUUUCCAGGGUUAUCCCGGUCCCAGAGGGGACUCUGGAGAGCCAGGAAGCAGGGGCACCCCGGGACCUAAGGGAGAUGACGGAGAACCGGGAGACCCUGGACCAGAUAAUGAUGAACCUGGACGACCUGGGCCUAAAGGAGCAAAAGGACACCGAGGGCCUGAAGGGAAAGCCGGACCCCCAGGACCCCCUGGGCCUCCAGGAGCUGAUGACUGCGAGAUCCUGGAUAUCAUCAUGAAGAUGUGCUCUUGUUGUGAGUGUAAGUGUGGACCCCUCGACGUUGUGUUUAUCGUGGACAGUUCUGAGAGUAUCGGUGCUUCCAACUUUGCCAUUGCCAAGGACUUCAUCAUAACCGUGAUCGACAGACUGAUCAAGGAUCAGCAAGUGAAAUUUGGUGCGAAUGAGUCCCGCAUCGGCGUGGUCCAGUACAGCGGCGCCAACUCUCAAGAAGUCGUGAGACUCGGUGACCCCCAUAUCAGCACCCUGAUGGACCUGAAGCAGGCUGUGAAAGAGCUGCGCUGGCUUGCCGAAGCCACCUACACGGGAGAAGCCCUCCAGUAUUCGCUGACCAACAUGAUCAAUCGACUUGUGAAGGAGAAGAGCGUGGUGAUCGUCUUGACUGAUGGCCGCUCAGAUACCAUCAAAGACCAAAUCCCCCUGAACGUGCUGUGUGGCCAAGGCCUGAAGGUUGGUGGUGUAGGUGUUGUCGACUACGCAGGCAGGCAGCCGAAAUCGGAGCAGCUCGAUGAGGUGGUGUGCAUGGAUGACCCCAGGAAGGGAUUCUCUUUUGUCCUCGACAACUUUGGUAUGCUGCUGGACGACAGCUUCCUUCAAAACCUGACGGAAUCGAUGUGUGAGGACAAGAAGUGUCCCACUUACACAUGUCCAAUUUCCUUCGAUGAACCCACAGAUGUCCUCAUUAUGAUGGACAGCUCGGCUAGUGUGGGUGCCAAGAACUUCAAACUGACACAAGACUUCAGUGAGAUGCUGGCCAAACGCUUCCUGUCAGCAGAGAGGAAAGGAAACGUGCAGGUGCGCGUCGCCGUCGGCCAGUACAGCAACAAGGCUAAGAUGGAAGCCGACUUCUCCACCAACGCCACCGAGCUGGCUGCCCAGAUCCAGGAGGCCCAGUUUCAGAAUGCAGGCACGCAGGUGACGAACGCACUCAGCUUCGCCAUCGAACGCUUUCAGGGCAGCAGGAACAGGAAGAAGCUCCUGCUGUUUUCGGACGGCCGCUCGCAGGGCGUCAACACCGUGCAGAUGGAGGAGGCGGGUAAGCAGGUUCAUACCAGCGGCAUUGAGCUUUACGUUCUGGCCGUUGGGCCUCAGGUGAACGAAGCCCACCUGCGUACUCUGGUGAGUCUGGGGCAGUUCUACGACAACGCGUACACCUACCGCCAUCUCUUCAAGGCCCCUGACUACCGCGCCAUGCUCAGGGGUGUCUUUUACCAAACUGUGUCCCGAAAGAUUUCCCUUGUCUGAGUGACAGGGACUGUAGGUAAAGCCAACCAGGAAGUGGGUGCGAUGGAAGGGAGUGGAACAUUCCAAAGUACAGUGUGGGCGGGGCAGUUGAAAACGGGCUUAUUUCAUAUCUCGAUUACAUCAUUUAGGGUUUUGUGUAGUUCUGAAUUAUCUUUAAGAGACAGGCAGUGGAUCUGUCGAGUAGCGAUGGUGACCAAUUGUAUGUCUUUUAUGUCUUAGGAAGGUAUAAAGAUUAAUGAAUGUAAUCUCACAGUCACGCCAUAGUUCAAAGUCUUUUGUUGGUCCUUAGUUUAUUUUGGUUCUUGGAUUGUAUGAAUCCUCUUGACAUUAUGACCACAUAUUAAACUUAAAAAUGAGCUUUUAGUCAACAAAUUGUCCAGAGUUUUAUGUACAGAUAAGGUUUGUGUUUGCUGGUCAAUAGCGGAGCGUCUCUCUGUGAGAUAAUGUGUACACUGAGUCGUCGUCCCGGAAAAUGCUGAAGAAACUGCGGCCUUCCUAAAGUGCUCAUCUUUCUGAAGGGUGGGUAAAACCAUCCUUAUUUUACUCUUAAUCCCAAUUUAAAACUCCACUUUGUCACUUGAACGUGAAUUUGGUGCUAACAAUAUACACUCAGGCUCCUCUUUUCACUUAAAUACGAAAACAAAGUUGUUUCGAAUGUGUAUUUGUGUUUUUAUCCAAAACGUUUUUACCACUAGGACUGUGUAAAAAUGUAUACGUGUCAUAAUUGUAUUUGAAACCGAUGGAAGUAUUUUCAAUAAAGAAUGCUUCACCCCAAUA